AUGGCAGUUAUGGGCUCUGGAACUAGGUUUAGAGUUGCGAUUUGUGGAGCUGGCAUUGGGGGAUUGACUACUGCAGUCACGCUAUCGAGAUUUCCUGAUAUCGAGGUUGAGAUCUUCGAAGGCGCACAACAGCUCGCAGAGCUCGGUGCUGGGAUUGGACUCUUUCCACGUCCUUGGGAAAUUGUCAAGAAACUCGGGCUUGAGGAAGACUUGCUGAAAACUACAGAGAUAAAGAUUACUGACGGACCAGUCGCCUCCUUCAGAUAUCGCAAGAGUGACGGUCCCGUCGGUUAUGACUUUUAUACCUUGGUGACGAAAGGAAACCUGGUCACCUUCCAUCGUCCAGACUUCCAAAAGGUUCUACUUAGCAAACUACCCCCCUCUUACAAAAUCAGUUGCUCGAAACGUCUCCGGUCGUACACACAGCGGCUUUCAGGUCCUAUUGACCUCUUCUUCGAAGACGGCACUACGUCGUACUGUGACGUUCUUGUUGGUGCCGAUGGGUUGAAGUCCGCGGUCAGACGUACACUCUUAACUGAAAAGGCCCAGUGGGCCGAAUCAGAGAACCGAUGGAGAGAAGCCUCUGAUUUCAUAGCUUCUAUCGAGCCAGUAUGGUGCGGCACAAAUGCUUAUCGUGCGUUGAUUCCCGCCGAGAAAUUGAAGGCUCGCUUUCCUGGUCAUCGUACAUUGACACAGCCCACGCAGUUCCACCUCCCUGAUCAGUAUCUUGGCAAAAAUGGAUAUGUGAUUGCCUACCCUAUCUCCAAGGGUAAAAUGGUCAACUUCGUCGCAUUCAAAUCUCGUCACGACCUCGAGAACACCAGAUUCAAUGGACCAUGGGUUUGUGCUACGGACCCAGCCGAAUUCGCUGCUACGUUCCGCACCUGGGAGCCCGAGGUUCAAGCUCUCGUCGAUUGCGUCGAGCGGCCCCUGCGAUGGGCAAUCCACACCGUGAAACCUCUGAAUUCAUUCGUCUCUGGUCGGGCGGGAAUAAUCGGUGACGCCGCACACGCCAUGACUCCGCAUCAAGGUUCUGGAGCAGGCCAGGCCAUCGAGGACGGCUACGUCCUUGCCACAAUCCUCGGCCACCCAGCGACAACCCGCGAAACCAUCAGCCGCUCCAUGUUAAUAUACGAUCAAGUGCGACGGCCCGUCGCACAGUCCGUGCAUGAAGUCGCGCGCCAAAAUGGAAAAAUCUUCACGUUUUGUGCUCCUGACCCUGACCUGAAUUUCGACCAUGUAUCGUCUCCGGAAGAAAUGUCAGCGAAACUGCAGAGGCUCAGUCAUCGGUUCACGAAAAAUUGGGAGUGGGCUUGGACGACGUCAGCAAAGACCGUCAUACAAGACGCUUUCAGAUUGUUGGGCCCGCCGCGGUCCUGA